GUUUAUUCUUGAUUCUUCAUUUUGCUGAAGAACAGCAGUUUAUCAGAUUAGCCAAACACAUCUAAACGAACCUAAAGCAGGAAGUAAUGAAAAGAUGCGACAUGAUUCGACGACGCGGUGUAAAAAAAACAAAAUGAGCAGAGGGCAAACGUGGAGCAACAAUGAGACUUCAUCAAAGAGAAUGAGGAGACUGAAGACCUGAGUGAAGCAGAGGAGAAACAUCAUCAUGCCAAAUCUUUGAGUCACUCACAGACUGAGAAUUUUUUUUCCCUAAAAAGAAGAUCGAAAAAAUCUUUCACGUGCCUUCAGUGUGGGAAGAGUUUCAGACAUAAAAGAAACCUUAAUGAACACAUGAAUAUUCACGCUGGAGAGAAACCACACAUAUGUGAUCAAUGUGGACAGAGAAUCAGACAUAAAAGGAACAUUAAUGAACACAUGAAAAUUCACACUGGAGAGAAACCACACACAUGUGAUCAAUGUGGAAAAAGUUUCAGACAUAAAAAAAACCUUAAUGAACACAUGAAAAUUCACACUGGAGAGAAACCAUACACAUGUAAUCAAUGUGGAAAGAGUUUCAGACAUAAAGGACACCUUAAUGAUCACAUGAAAAUCCACACUGGAGAAAAGCCACACACCUGUGAUCAGUGCGGGAAGAGUUUUGGACAUUUAAGUACUUUUAAAUCACAUCUGAAUUCUCAUUCUGGAGAAAGAAAAUAUAAGUGUGAUCAGUGUGGUAAAAACUUUUCUCAAGCUAAUUCCCUGAAGGACCACCUGAAAGUUCAUUUAAAGGAGAAGCCUCAUGUGUGCUCUUUGUGUGGAAAGAGUUUUAGUCAGCUGAGUUAUUUAAGAAAACACCAGCAAAGACACAGCAAUGUGAAGGAUCUUAAUGUGCUUUGAUUGUGGGAAGACCUUUAUUACAACUGAUGAACUGAAACAGCACCAGAGUAUUCACACUGUGACAAGAGAUUAAUUUGGUCAGCGGCUUAUUAAGGUGGUCAGGGGCCCCUAGGCUGCUCUUUGUGUGAGGCCCCAUUAAGCUUUACAGGAGAAAUGUAUUUAGUGCCAUUACACGGUGCAUGUAAAUAGUAAGAUGAACUGGCAUGCACACACACAUUGCAGUCUUUCUUUUACAUUCCCAAUGUCCCCACAGGAUUUGGGUGUACAUUGGUUGCUUUAGGGGCUUCCGGGGUGUGCCCCCCAUAAGUAAAAUUUGUUAAUUUUAAAAUUUAAAUGCAUAAAUAUGGUGCAUUUUGAGAGCAGAAUCAAGUGACUAGGUCAAUGAAGAAAUAUGUGCUCUUGUAAACAAUUGUGUGCUCUAGUAGUAAUUUGUUUAUUGGUUGCAUAGAUGUGAAUGUGAUGGUGGGGCUCAAUUUUCACUAUAUAAUUUUUUUUAAAAAGCUACAAAUGCCAUUCAGUCAAGAGCAGGGAGUGAGUUUCUCCUUGUCUUUUGUUGUUUGAUUAUCAUUAACACUUAACUCAAUAGUCGAGACAAGCCACGAGAUUGGGAUCACAAGAACGAGACGAGGAGAGAUUUUUACACAUUUGUAAAAAAUUCUCAAUGACCAAAUAGGCUACAUGACUAUAAAAAUUGUCUGCAGGUGCAUUUUGAAUUGUUUCAACUAAUCAUCUGGUAAUAAAUGUCAUUUCAGUUCUACUUUCUGAGUAUGAAUUAUCAUAUGCAGUAAAAUACAACAACAUGUACAUGUACAACACAUUAUCAUUUCAUUUGAGUCUCUUCAGACCUUAAAACUGUGCAUGAAUUAUGAGCUUUUAGAAAUUCUGACCUCCUAACUGAACUCCUAUUCACAAAUUGAACAUAGAAAUAAAAACAAUAUAAAUAGCCAAAAAAUAAACAACACAGUUCUUUCUUAGCUGUAUUAAGUGCAAACAAUAAGUACAGCCAUAAUCAAAUAGGCUACUAUCUCAAUAUUCAAAGUGCAAAUAUAGACUAAAUUUUUCAAGCAUGACACAGAGCUAUAGACAACUGCACAACCUAUUAUACAUACUAAUGACAGACUAAAAAUGUUAUGUAGUUUUGUGUUAUUUGCACGCACCAGUGAGAAACACUCUCAAAACACGGGGAAUUAGAAUCGCUUUUGAAUGUGCGUGUGCGGUUUACUUUCGGUUUCGAUUUCAGGAUUGCCUGGAAUACAAGACAUUAAUUUUGUCCGACGCUCUGCAACGAAUUAUUAUAGACAAGUGAAGGUCUUUUUUUGUGCCAGGAAACCUGAAAUCACACAUGAGAGAAUCCACACUGGCUAGAAGCUGCAUGUAUCACUGGCAUCCAUGUGGGAACACUUUCACUCGUUUUAAUUCUCUGCUCAGUCAUAAACAACCAACAAACAAAAAAAGGAUAUUAUGAAGAAAGAUUUUUUUUAGCUUGUUCCUGUGCUUGCAUGUCUAGUUCUGGAAGUAGAUGUCGUAAGCUAUCAUGUAGCCUAGCCUAGCUUUUCAUCUGCAGCUUAUUUGCUUCUCUUCUUCUAUUGAGAUGCUUCAGCUGGCUCUAUAUCGAUAUUGUGGCACAUGUGCAGCAGUGGACCGCGCUUAAUUUGAAUACAAGAACACAGUUUAAAACAAGAAGGUUUAAUCUGGCCGCAGAGGAACGCACCCGGGGUUGCCUGAUGUAACGAGAUGUAAUUCUCGAAACAGAGCUUCCCACUUGCGCAAUACGGAAUUAUCUGACAGGUGUGCUACUUAUCUUUGUCAACCUGGCAACCAUGUGUGCGCGCGCUCUCUCCACUGUGGUUAAACGUGCUUGCCUUCUGAAAACAAUCCGUGGCUUUAAUUCCUUUAGAAACAAUAAUGUUACCAGCACAUAGAUUGGGAAAGAAUGUAGCUCUUCAGCGAUUAAGC